UUUGAUUUAUGUGGACUGCAGCUGCCCUUGCUUCGACCCCAGAAAAGCCUGUGUGGGAAGUUUGUGUCUCAGAGCUGUAGCAUUGCUCUGCGGAGUGUCUGGAGCCUAGCGUAUGCACAGAAACUGAUAAAUAGGGAAAAGGCCCAGUUUGCUCCAGCUGGACUCAGAGCUGGGAUCAGCGCUACAGCCCAGCAGACUCAACUCUGGAAGCAAGAAACUCUCUGGAACUGCUAUGGAUAACCACUUGAAUCACCAUACAUUCCAGUUUAUAUUGAACGACAUUUGUUCAGAAGACUGACUACUGUCAAAACUAAGCUUGUAACUCUCUUAAGAAUUUUUAGAGCACACUUUUUCAGAACCAUCUCAAUAAAGUGAAAUUACUGAAAAAAUAAGGUUGCCUUCUUAAAAGUCUAUCACAUCACAAAGUGAAUGAAACAGUGCAUUUGGGAGCAGAAUAUGGCAAAUACAUUUGUAACUGUACCUGAUGGAUAUUGUCUUCCUGAGCCCAUACAGUAUUAUGACGUUUUACCAGAGCACAUGAACUAUCAGCUGCAAGACACCGAUUUUCAGACUGCGCCUUACUGCCAAUACUCAACUGUUCAAAUUCCUCCUCCAGUACUACAGUCACAACCUUCUCAGUCCCAAUACAGCACAUACAGCCUGGACUCUCAGUACAGCGAUGGGCAGUGUAUCAUCAGCAGCUGUGAAUUAAGCAAACCCCCCUUCAUGGCUCCCCACAUCGAUGAUGGUGGAUACCAAGGACUGAAACGGCCCCGAUUAAACCACUCUUCCUUGAGACUGAAGGGACAGGAGGAGCUGUGUGUUGUGUGUGGAGACAAGGCCUCAGGGUAUCACUACAAUGCACUUACCUGUGAAGGCUGUAAAGGCUUCUUUCGACGUAGCAUAACCAAAAAUGCAGUGUAUCGAUGCAAGAAUGGUGGUCACUGUGAAAUGGACAUGUACAUGCGAAGGAAGUGCCAGGAAUGCCGGCUGAAGAAGUGUAAAGCUGUGGGAAUGCUAGCAGAAUGUUUGCUGACUGAAGUACAGUGCAAGUCAAAGCGACUCAGGAAGAAUUUCAAACAGAAGAGCAGUUUUCUUUGCAACAUAAAACUGGAAGAUGAGGGACUGAAUAGUAAGCAUGUAUCAUCUACAACAAGAUCUGGAAAAAUCCCUGAGAAGAUGGAACUUACUCCAGGGGAACAUCAGCUUCUUGACCACAUUGUAGCAGCACACCAAAAAUAUACAAUUCCCCUCGAGGAAGCAAAGAAGUUUCUACAAGAAACUGCAAGUCCUGAGGAAAGUUUUCUCCGCCUCUCUGAGACAGCAGUUGUCCAUGUACAAGUGUUAGUGGAUUUCACAAAAAGACUUCCAGGAUUUGAAAGUUUAGCUAGUGAAGAUCAGAUUGCACUGCUAAAAGGGUCAACAGUUGAGGCAAUGUUUUUGCGUUCAGCCCAAAUAUAUAACCAAAGAAUCAGUGAAUGCCAACCAUCAACAAGUGAAACUCACGUAAGACUUUCGGAUCAUGGGACAUGUCACAUUCAAAACCUUGAUAAAAACAACAUUUAUUCUAUGGAAAUGUCUCACAACGAAGAGAGUCCAACUUCCACUACUACAACAGGUAUAACCGAGGAGUUUAUUACCGCACUAUUUUACUUCUACAGAAGCAUGGGGGAACUGAAAGUGACCGAGACCGAAUAUGCCCUGCUUGUAGCAACUACCGUGUUCUUUUCAGACCGCCCGCUCCUGAGGAAUAAGCGGCACGUCGAAGAGCUGCAGGAGCCGCUCCUCGGCAUCCUCUACAAGUACUCGAAGAUCCACCACCCUGAGGACCCGCAGCAUUUCGCCCGCCUCAUCGGGCGCCUCACGGAACUGCGGACCCUGAACCACACGCACGCGGAGGUGCUGGUGACGUGGCGGACGAAGGACCCCAGGCUGACCUCCCUGCUCUGCGAGAUCUGGGACCUGCACUAGGGCGCGGCGCCCCCACAAAGCCGCGCGCUCCCGACUGCCGCUGCUGCGGCCCGCGCGCGCCGCCUCCCCGCCCGCCUCCGUCGCGCGCCU